CCCACCCAUUUCGGCGACGCAGCGGCUGCUGAUUGAUCAGCAGGGCUGCCCAUCAGGGGCGCCCCGGUCCGCAGAGCGGCAGGGAGUGUGCGCGGCGGAGCUGUCGUCGGUUGGGCUCGAACCGCCGCCGACAGCACCACCGCCUCAAGCCGGCGAGGGGUGGGUAGGGUCGGGGAGGUGAGGAGAGGAGGGGUGGGGCAAGCGGUUCAAGCUCGAGUGCGUCCGAAGCCGCGGCGUCCAAUAUGCCGAGCAAUAAAUUAGAGAGGACUGACCGCAUUGAAGCCAGUGAUAAUGUGAAGGUUGUGGUACGCUGCCGGCCAAUGAAUGAAAAGGAAAGAAAUAUGGGACACAAACAAGUGGUGAAUGUGGAUGAGAUACGAGGAACAAUCACUGUCUAUAAGACAGAUGCUGCCAAUGAGCCACCAAAAACAUUCACUUUUGAUACAGUCUUCGGACCAGAGAGCAAACAAGUAGAUGUGUACAAUCUCACAGCAAGACCCAUUGUUGAUUCUGUUCUGGAAGGGUACAAUGGCACAGUAUUUGCUUAUGGACAAACUGGCACUGGGAAGACAUUCACUAUGGAAGGAGUACGGGCAGUGCCUGAACUUAGGGGCAUUAUUCCCAAUUCAUUUGCCCACAUAUUUGGCCACAUUGCAAAGUCUGAGGGAGAUACCAGAUUCCUUGUACGAGUAUCUUACCUGGAGAUUUAUAAUGAGGAGGUUCGUGACCUUCUUGGAAAGGAUCAGAGUCAGAGAUUGGAGGUUAAGGAACGGCCUGAUGUUGGAGUAUAUAUUAAAGAUCUCUCUGGUUAUGUAGUAAAUAAUGCAGAUGACAUGGAUCGUAUUAUGACUUUGGGAAAUAAAAACCGUUCUGUUGGUGCCACAAAUAUGAAUGAGCACAGUUCCCGUUCUCAUGCUAUUUUCACCAUUACUAUUGAAUGUAGUGAAAAAGGAAUAGAUGGAAAUAUUCAUGUGCGCAUGGGCAAACUACACCUCGUUGAUCUUGCUGGUUCAGAACGACAAGGAAAGACUGGAGCCACAGGGCAGCGAUUAAAAGAAGCAACAAAAAUUAAUCUCUCAUUGUCCACCCUUGGUAAUGUUAUCUCGGCUCUUGUUGAUGGUAAAAGUACACAUGUACCCUACCGUAAUUCCAAGUUGACACGUUUACUUCAGGAUUCAUUAGGAGGCAAUUCAAAGACCAUGAUGUGUGCAAACAUUGGACCAGCGGAUUACAAUUAUGAUGAAACCAUCAGUACUUUACGAUAUGCAAACAGAGCAAAGAAUAUCAAGAAUAAAGCCAGAAUUAAUGAAGAUCCUAAAGAUGCUCUAUUGCGUCAGUUCCAGAAGGAAAUUGAGGAUCUCAGGAAUAAACUAAAGGAAGGAGAAGAAAUCUCUGGUUCAGAAAUAAGUGGUUCUGAAGAUGAAGAAGAAGAAGGGGAAAAUGGAGAGGAAGGAGAGAAGAAAAAGAAAAGAAAAGGAAAGAAGAAGGUAUCUCCAGAAAAGAUGGCGGAAAUGCAGGCAAAGAUUGAUGAAGAGAGAAAAGUUCUUGAAGCUAAGCUUGACAUGGAGGAGGAAGAAAGAAACAAAGCAAGAGCAGAGCUAGAGAAGAGAGAAAAAGACCUGCUGAAAGCACAGCAAGAACAUCAGACUUUGUUGGAAAAAUUGUCAGCUCUAGAGAAGAAGGUGAUAGUGGGAGGAGUGGAUCUUUUGGCAAAAGCUGAAGAGCAAGAGAGGCUGCUGGAUGAAUCUAAUUGUGAACUGGAAACUCGCCGGAAUCGUGCAGAACAACUUAGGAAGGAGUUGGAGGAAAAAGAGCAAGAACGUCUAGACAUCGAGGAGAAGUAUACCAGUUUGCAGGAGGAGGCACAAGGUAAAACAAAGAAACUAAAGAAAGUUUGGACAAUGCUGAUGGCAGCAAAGUCUGAGAUGGCAGACUUGCGGCAAGAACAUCAACGUGAGAUUGAAGGGCUGCUGGAAAAUGUGAGACAGCUAGGCCGAGAACUCAGACUCCAGAUGCUCAUUGUUGACAACUUUAUUCCUCAAGAAUACCAGGAGAUGAUUGAAAACUACGUACACUGGAAUGAAGACAUUGGAGAGUGGCAAUUGAAAUGUGUGGCAUAUACAGGGAACAAUAUGAGAAAACAGACACCAGUUCCUGACAAAAAAGAAAAAGAUCCAUUUGAAGUGGAUCUAUCUCACGUUUACUUGGCCUACACUGAAGAAAGUCUGCGUCAGUCAUUAAUGAGACUGGAGAGACCAAGAACUUCAAAAGCAGGAAAAUCCAGACCCAAAACUGGAAGAAAGAAGCGCUCUACAAAGGCUGAGGCUGGAAUUGACUCUCUCCUUCAAUGACCAGAAGACCAGGCUGACAGUGGACCAGGUUUUAGAUGAGAAAUGUUGCAGGACAUUGGAAAAAUAACAAGGCAAAGAAUAAUUAUGGUUUAUGUUGUCUCAUGUGAGCUUUUCUUGAACCCAUGUAUACUGGUCUGUGAGGAAAAAGAUCUAUACUUAUUGCUGAUGAUAGUGGAAUGUCAUGAGAUCAAGUUUUGUUAUCUAAUAUUUUGAGAUGGUAUUAUUUAGUUAGUCUUGGCUUAUUGUCUUGUUUUAUUAGUGAAAAGAAAAUAUUCAACAGGCAGCUAAGCUAUUAAAAAUAACUGCUUUUGAAAGAAAAUCAAAACACUACUUAACAUUUACAGAUGCUCCUCGAAGCUCGAAGGACUUAAGGUUUGUAAAACUGCUCCAAACAACAGGUACCAAGUAACUUAAGUUGCAACUGUUACCUCUGUCUUAUUUUCCUUCUGCAAUGUACAGAUUUGGUAUCGUUUUUACCACUGGUUCUUGUUUAUCUUGUUUUCUGUUAAAGCCUUGUGUGCACUAUUGUUAUAGUAUGUCAAGGGUUUGCAUUUCUGAUUGUGUUCACUGACUGCUGUAGGUUAGGUGAAUGUUUUGAAUACUUUGAUAGAUAAUAUAUCUUUAUUUGAAUAAGAUUGCAUUAAUAUGUCUUUUAGCUUGGAGGUGCGGGGAGGAGAAGAAACAUUUUGACAAAAAUUGUUCUGUUAAAUUAUUCACCCUCUGCUCCUUCCCCACAAAGCAUUCAAGUACAUGGAGAAACUGUAGAAAAAGUUCACUAAGAUUAGAAAGUUUUGUUCUGGAGACCCACAGAACAAUCCCUUUCAUGAGAUAGAGAAAGCCAAGAAAUCAGGGGAAGCUUUGGGAAGAUCUUAAAAAAAAGAUGGGCUGUUAUUUCUUCUGUUGAUUUAUACUGAGGAAAAGUGUCAUCAUUCAUCAAAAUCAUAAGAGAAUAGUUGAGAAUUAUUUCAUGGGGAAGGUAUUUAACAUGGAAUACCGAAACUGAAAAAUAGGAAAAUUAAGUUUUGUAAAAUGUUUUAUAAGGCAAUUAAAUCGCAUAACUGAAAAAAGUAAUGGAGAAUGGGCAGUGGAAUAGACUUAACUGGAUAGCACCAGUGGCACUGGUGCAGUGCACUGAAUGGCCCAGUGCUGUGAUAUUCUUGGAUUCUGCCUUGAUCAAAUCACAUUAGAAUAAGAGUUUGUGCAUGAAACUUAGUGCAUGAAAAACAAAUUAGAGCACCCUAUGUACUGGCAGCUAUUAACUGGAAAGUUCUAAACAUACCAAUAGGAAACAAGACAGUAAAGCACUUUUUCCUCAUGGUAGGAUAUGCCCAUGGUGUAGUUCAACCUGUAAUGUUACCAGGAACUCAGGAUUGGAAAAUCUGUCUUCAAUGGCUAUUAUUUUUAAAACACUAACUCAGACAUUUUGCUCAACCGUUCCUUAAUUAUAUUUGUUAAAAGGAAAGCUGCUCUUGUUUGUGAAUGAAGUAUUCUUCUAAGAACUUUUUCUCUUGGAGCAAGGUACAAGAGAUUUGUUCAAACUGCUGUGGAUAGAUGAACAGGAAGUAGUCAGCUCUGUCAACAAAAAUAGCAACAAACUUGGAACUCCCAUUCCAGAUGAUUCUGAACCAUACUGUACUCUUAAACAUUGUGUAGGUGUUCAGCAUUAUAAUAUUUUACAAGGUUAAAUGUGUAUGGAAAAGGAAUUACUUCUUACCUCCCUAAUCAAAUUGUUAACACCCAUUCCCAAGACUGGGGUGGUACUUGCUGCUCUAAAUGAAAAGCAAUAGUCUUUGUGCUGGUGCUUUGGAUAACACAGGCUGAUUUGAAAUUUCCCCUUACCUGGGAAUGUUUGUAGUUUGCAUACCCUGAGACCUUCCAGGUUUCAGCAGCUAUGUUUGGUGCUCCUGUGCGGCUCUAAGGGUAGCUGUGGGUAAUAGUGUAUGAUGAGCCUUUCAGCUUUGGGUGACGUGGCAUUCACUGUGAAGACCCCAGAGUUCCUUCUAAUUUAUGAAAAUUAUGGAAACUGAGUCAUAUUUAGAGUUCCCAGCUGGGUCCACAGUAAGGUUAAUUUGUUCCCACUCUGUAAUAUGUAAAGCAGGUCGUUGACAGCACUUGGGAAUAUUUAUUGGUUCCUCAGCACACAUUUGUGAGCAGAAAAAUACAUUUCCUUUUAGUUAUCUCAGACUUGGUCAGAAAAUUACUGGAAGAGUAAUUGUUUCAAGGUUUUUUGUUAAGACGAAAUACAUGUUUAGGUUUCUGGCAAGUUUUAAAAAAAACAAAAUCAGUAUACUUAUCCAAAACGUGAAAAUUUGCAUUGUAGAGAUGUGUUGAAAGAUUCAAAUUUCAACAUUAAAUACAUGAUUUUCAGCUUCAGCUGAUUUAUCAUGGACAUCAUUAAUGAAUGCCUUUUAAUUACAUUGUGUUAAAGCACGAAAGUGAUCAGAACUUCUGGUGAUCAGAUUUCUGGAUGACUUGUGAUGAUGUCAGUGUCCUACAAGCAGAACCAGUGGGGGAGUGGUGGGACCCGCAAGUACCCUGAAAUUAAGGUUAGUUGUCCUGUGCAACUGCUGAAGCAUACACAGACUGAGCCCCCAAUGUUGGAAUAAAAUCUGCCACAAGAAGCCAGCUCUGCAAAUCCAAAACUUUUUUUUACCCCCGCACAAUUUUCAGUAGAAUCUGCAUUGUCAUUAGUGGAUUGUGGAUCUCUCUAAUAUAAAAUUGCAAGUACUGCUGAUUUGAUUAUCUGCAGUAGUAUCAAAAUAGACACUUGACUGUACAGAUCAAUUGUUGAAAGAUGUACGGCAUUAUCAGUCUGAGAAACUUGAUCCUGCAAGUGUUUCUUUUAAGUGGUUUGCAAGGGAUCUCUUUUUUAUUAUGUCUGCAUUGUUUUUUAAUGCUCACGUUCAGUGUGGUAAUUACUCAAUUUUAUUUCAAGGACAUGGGCAGAAAAUUGUUUACUUCAAACAUUUUAAAAGAACCUUAAUUCUUUGAUCUGUGGGAUUAGCACCAAUUCUCUAAAUAUCCUGAUGAAACAACAAUUGAUCAAGAAGAGUUUAUAACCUACCAUAGAUUUGAAUUUAACAGUUGAAUGUAAAGUUGCAUGUCAUAUUCACAAUGCAAAAGAUUAUCGUUUCAAUGUUGUGUUUGUGAUGUCUAUUGUUGUAGCAAAGCUUAUUGUAAAAUGUUUAAAAGUCAUUAAUGAAAACCUGUACAUGUUCUUAAAUUGUAUUCUAAUACUGGUUUAUGUAAUGAGAUUAAUACAGGGGCUCCCUGGGUUACAUUUCAAAGUUUCACCUUGUGAAUUAACUUCCUAUACAGUAUGUUCAGAACAGUUGAUAUAAACUCUUUAUAAAUGUCUUUUUACUGAUUAUUCUUUGUAAUCUGUUAUGUACAAGUCGUGCACAGUGUUGUACAUAUGAGAACGUGUGUAUAUAUACAGCAUGUUAAUGUCAAUAAAUGUAUAUUAAUUGUUAUCACUAAUAAGCUUGUUAACAAUGCUAUUUGAAAUGAAUGUACCAUUGAUGUCAAUUAAAAAAUGGUGCUCACUUUUCCCAAUACAGAAUUGGG